ACACCCGGCGCGCACAGACACACGCUCCCUCCCUCCGGCGCUCUACUCCUCGCCCGCCCGCCCUCCUGCCCGCCUCGCACGCACCGGCCUCGGCUCCCCGCGCCCGCCGCCGAGCGAAGCUGCGCUGGGCUCGGAGCUGCUCAUGGAGAAAGUGCCGGGCGACAUGGAGAUAGAGCGUAGGGAGAGGAGCGAGGAGCUGUCCGAGGCGGAGAGGAAGGCGGUUCAGGCUACGUGGGCCCGGCUGUAUGCCAACUGCGAGGACGUGGGGGUGGCCAUCCUGGUGAGGUUCUUUGUGAACUUCCCUUCGGCCAAGCAGUACUUCAGCCAGUUUAGACACAUGGAGGAUCCCUUGGAGAUGGAGAGGAGUCCCCAGCUGCGGAAGCACGCCUGCCGGGUCAUGGGGGCCCUCAACACUGUCGUGGAGAACCUGCAUGACCCAGACAAGGUAUCCUCUGUGCUCGCCCUGGUCGGCAAGGCCCACGCCCUCAAGCACAAGGUGGAACCUAUGUACUUUAAGAUUCUCUCUGGGGUCAUUCUGGAGGUGAUCGCCGAGGAAUUUGCCAAUGACUUCCCUGUGGAGACGCAGAAAGCCUGGGCCAAGCUGCGGGGUCUCAUCUACAGCCACGUGACCGCAGCCUACAAGGAAGUGGGCUGGGUACAGCAGGUCCCCAACACCACCACGUGAGGAGCGGCCCACCAGCCACUCUGCCCUCUUCAGGGCCGUAAGACCCCUCCCAGCUCCCCCCUCCCUGGCAGCACUUUGGGCAGAAGGCCGACUUCUGAAGACACGCAUUGACCUUCCAUUUCUGGGUGCCAAGGAAGCUGGAGGAACCCCUGACUCGACUUCCCGAAAGGAGGCCUUCAUCAUGGCUGUGGUCCCCCCAGGCUACUGGGAGGUGGGGCUGGAUCCCUGGAUGCUGAAUCUAGCAGAGGGGAAUCCCUCUGCCUCACAGCAGGGGCACACUCUUCUUAGCUUUUUCUACUGACUGUUAGAGAGGGACCUGGCAAAGUGGCCGGUGGGAAGCGAGGACAAGCCCGUGAGUCACUUCAGAAAGGAACUAUCCCUGCUUCACUCUGCCCGCCAGCAUGCAGGUUCUCCUCGCCAUCUCUAGAGCAUCACGCACACACAUCUACCAUAUACACAGAUAUAUUCUAUAUACUAUCUAUAUAUAAAUAUAUAUAACACACACGUACAUAUCUAUCGAGUGCGCCUGCAGGCCCAGAAGCCUAGGUCUUGCCCAGCCGUGGGAGGCCAGAAGAGUCCUGGCCAUCUUUCUGGGCAGCUCUACCGGGAGCAGGGUGAAAGCUGGCAACAGCACAAGAGGAGGGGCCAGGUGGGAGAGUUGGGGUGAGUCAGCUUGCUCCUACAGCUCAGUGCCCUGCAUUCCUGCCCUACCCCCACAAAACAAGAGAAUCCCAGAGCUUGGGAGGCGGAGGAAGGACAAUCGUUGCGUCUGAGGUCAGGUGGUCAUCUACCUGGUCUCCACGGUGGUGAGUUUCAGGCUAGCUGGGGCUACACAGGAAGACCUCGGGUCAAACGGAAGAAAAAAAAAAAACAUAAAGAUCUGGCUCCCCUCUCCUCUCCUCCCCUCCCCUCCCCUCCCCAAGGGUUUGCCUGACUGGCUUGUCCUGGAAAGGGCAAGGAUCAGGGCACACACCAAGAGUUCAGGAGAUCCCAAUGGGAUGUUGGCCAGUGUAUGUGUCCGGUAUAUGGGGGUGGGGGUGAGGGGCAGCCUCAGUGUGGAGCCCUAGAAUGUCAGCCUCACCUGCUCACUUCAGACAGCAGCCAGGCCACAGGACGGGGGCUGUCCUCACACCCCUCAGCAGACCAGGGCCUCUCUCUCCUGCCCUCCUCUGGGGCCACCUGCUCACCCUCUCCACAUAGUCUCCUUAACAUUGCUGGGAACCCCGUGUGUACCCCUUGGUCACGUGUACUGUCCUGGAAGAUGUCUUACUGCUGUGGCUACCGUGCCUGCGUCCCCUCUGGUCCCACCCUCGCACAGCCUUCCUGUAACUGCCUGUCUUUUGUAGUUUCUGAUGUUUGUAACCAGAUCCAGCUGUGUCAUUAAACCAGGUCUGUUCUUCCUGUC